GCUGUUCCCACAGGCGCAGCGUCUGGCUGCAGUAACAACACUGCUGGGACUUGCCCGACCGACUUUCGCAUUCGACCUCCAAACAGCGUGAGGGACGGAUACAUCAAAACAUUCAUAGGACACCCACACCCACACACACCCUCCCCUUGUUUCGAGCCCUCUUCGCCUCUCCAGUCCCGCCAUGGCGUCUGCUGUACCCGAGACGGAGGGGUCAGCGCGAAGCUCCCCACUGACACCGCUGAAGCUUGUCGGGGUGGUGUGCGUCUUCCUGGCGCUUUGCUUGGACAUAGGAGCCGUGAUGAGCCCGGCUUGGGUGACUGCCGACGACCAGUACUACCUGUCCUUGUGGGAGUCCUGCUGGAAGCCAGCGAGUAGCGAGAACUGGCAGUGCAGCAGCACGCUGGACUCAGACUGGCAGGUUGCUACGCUGGCACUGUUGGUAGGGGGUGGAGCCCUGGUGCUGAUGUCAUUCUUGGUUGCUCUGGUUGCUGUGUGCAUUGGCACGAGACGGCGGUUCUACGCGCCUGUUGCCUUCAUGCUCUUUGCUGCAGUUGUACUCCAGGCCUGCAGUUUGGUCCUCUACCCUGUCAAGUUCAUCGAGAGUAUCAACUUGAGGAUCUACCAUGAAUUUAACUGGGGCUACGGCCUGGCCUGGGGAGGCACCAUCUUUUCCUUCGGUGGGGGAAUCCUCUACUGCCUCAAUCCCAAGAACUAUGAGGAAUACUACUAGUGCUACCUCAUGUCUGGAACCCUCUGGUCACAUCUUCAGAGUCUGAGAGGUACAUAGGGACUGAAUAACAUUUCUAAUGUUCUGGGAAAGGGGGAGGGAGUGGGUGUCUAUUAACAGCUCGAUUCCCAAGAACUUUAAAGGGAAACAUCGGACAGCCAGUAACUGUA